UGAAGUUUGGACAUAAUAACGAAUAUGUCCAAGGGUGAAGCUUACCUGUACAAAUGAAUGGAAAGCAGACUCUCUAGAUCUAUCAUGGGAGACUUCGUCUCGUACGUUACACCGGACUUCCAUCCUAGUGCUGCCAUUCCUGUAACACCUGUAUCCAUCACCGAAUCGUUUCCGGUCUAGGGCCCAGUGCGUGUGAGUUUUUGCCAGCUCUCAUUACUACCUGAUCCUGCUGGACAUUCGCUGCACAGUUUUCAAGAUGGUCUUCAUUUGGCUCAUCGUAUCGCUCUGCGCUGUACAUGCUCAACAAGAGAUUCGGAUCGGCGGGAUACUAACGCUUCCAACCUUUGACGCACUGGUCAAAGCUGCAGAGAUGGCUGUCAGCGACAUUAACAAUGAUCAAAGCGUCUUACCGGGCUAUAACCUUGUACUGGACAUGAGAAAUACUUCAGGCUCUGGCUCUCCAGUGGAAACGGCGCUUUCUCACGUGGACUAUUUUGUAAACACGGCCCCAGUGGCUAUGUUGUUUGGCCCGGCCUACUCGUCACUGACGCUUCCAACUGCAGCGCGGUCAAGCAAUUACAGUUUGAUACAGCUCAGUCCUCUGUCAGCAGACCCCGCACUGGCGAACAAAACCAUUUAUCCGUAUUUCUUCCGGUUGAUGGCCAACGUGAUGGACUUCAGCCCGGCAGUGGUCGGCUUCAUACAGCAUUUUGGGUGGAAGAACGUGGCGAUCAUCAAAGAGUCAAGGACUCCUUAUGAUGCCCUCGCAGACGCCGUGAACGCUGAUUUAAAGAAGGCAGGCGUGAACGUGGGGACUGUGGCCACCUACAGUGACAGCGACCCCGCUGCCGCGCUUUCAGAAAUAUUGGCAACCGAAAUCAAAGUCAUAUUUGUUUCUACCUUUCAAUCAAAGUACAAAUUUAUCAUGUGUGAGGCAUUCAAAAAGGGGAUGUACGGCUCAAAAUAUCUUUGGAUUAAAGCGCCCAGUCCUGUCUUGAACAUGUGGGAGUUCUACGGCCGCGGGGAUGUCCCGAGUGACUGCACGGCGCAGGAAGUGGUGUCCAGCAUGGAAGGCGAUGUUCACCUGUGGGUGCAGGAUCUUCUCGAUCUGGAUGCAGAACCAGAGUUGAAAGACACGGUGUCGGGACGGGAUGCAAAGGCAUUUGUAGGCGACAUAAGGUCCAGCACGCCUUUCGGUUUCCGUGACGCCAUCCUGACGCAGAGUUACGACGCAAUAUGGUCCAUAGCGUUGGCUUUGAAUAAUUCUCUGCCAGCGUUACCAGGGAAUCCCGGGACCAAAAUGGAACGACUGUACGGCCGCGGUGCCUCCGAGAUUAUCAGCAGUGAGAUGAAGAAAAUGAAGUUUACUGGUCUGUCGGGUCAUGUGGCAUUCAAAGCAUCUGGAGACCGAGAAGGCGACAUCGUGAUACAACAGGUCAUCAACGGCACAAUCGAGAGUCACAUCGCAGUGUCUCACGAAGAGAAUGGAGAAAGGACUCUCAUAUUUGAAAUGUCCGACAAAGAGAUAUGGCAAUCUAAAGGUGGGGUGAAGCCUGUGGACCUGGUCACAGGAACCGGAAGCGCACUAUUUCCCACAAGGCUCUGCAUAGUUGCUAUGGUUACCAGUUCCUUGUUCACCGUCAUGGCAGCGGUUCUACCCUGAAAACAGUCUAUCAGUUAGAUCUAGGCCUACUGGCAUGAACUAUCUCAGUUACAAAUACUUACCGCUAUUUUUUACAAUAAUUCUCUAAGUGUGUUGGACAUUAUUUGCUCAUUACCGUUUUGUAUAAAAUGCUAAUUCAUAUAUGGUGAGACUUUUAAUUAGACGGGUUAUGUUUUAGGAUAUAUAGUUAUCCAAUCUUUUACGUAUGCAAAAGCCUACGUUUUUUUUCAUUAAAUAGACAAAAGAAUUACACGGCAAUUACUUCUCAAUGACGUGGUACAAUAUCAAAAUGUGAGCCUCGUGUUAAUUUUGUCAAACAUAUAAAUUAAAAUGCUAAGUAUAUUCUUAUGG